AUGGCCGACGAUGCUCCCGAUAGCAUCAUUUUGGAACCUGAAUCGAUGGAAGAGAGCAUCAGGGUCUGCACACGUAUGCGGCCUCUGUUUCCAAAAGAAGCUGUUACUAGUGGGUUUGGAGAUGCCAUUGUGGUCGGCGUUAUAUCUCAGGUGGAAGCAGGCCACAUAAAGGCUUGGAAGGUGGAACAGAAGUCUAUGCAGCUAAUCGUGGAGCCCCCAACUCAAGCAGAAAUUGAAGAAAGCCGACAGGGGAAGACAUCAUCAAAAAAGUCCGUGGAGAAGACACAGGCACAAAAGGACCAGGUGCAAAGGUAUUAUGCCUUUGACAGAUGCUUUGAUGACGACGCUGAAAAUGACGAAGUAUUUGCCUACGUGGCGCGCGACAUCGUUCUGGAUGCAUUUAAGGGGAUCAACGGCUGCGUAUUUGCGUAUGGCCAGACUGGCUCUGGGAAGACGCACUCCAUCAUGGGCGUUGCAGAAGAUCCCGGCAUUUUGCCCCGUUCUCUUGCAGAAUUUUUUGAUUGCAUGUCAGAUUCAUCUCUCCUACGGGAAGAAAUGGAAGAUGCAGCUGCUGAAAAGGAGGAUGAGAUGGGGGAGGAGCAGCUAGCUACAAAAGACCACAGAACAGAGGGUUUGGAAGACGGCGAAAACAGAGAAUAUCUCAUGAGGGUUUCAUACGUCGAAAUCUACCUGGAACGAGUGAACGACUUGUUGCAAGAAGGUCCCAGAGGAGGAGCUGUGGAAAAUCUCGAUGUAAAGGAGGAUCCAAAGAAAGGCUUUGUAGUGGUCGGUCUCCACGAAGAAGCUGUUGCAUCCAUGGAAGAAGUCAUGACUCUCUUAUCCAAAGCUGAACAACGACGCCAUUUCGCCCGGACGAAUUUCAAUGAAACCUCGUCGAGGUCUCACGUCGUUUUCUCCAUUACUUUGGAGUCAACAAGCACUUUUGAGGAUGGUACAAACGUCAGUCGACGAGGAGAGCUGAAGAUAGUCGAUCUGGCGGGCAACGAAAAAGCUGGUAGAGCCUCUGAAGGCGUGGAGAACGCAAAGCUUGUCUUGGAGGAGGGGAAGGCGAUCAAUAAGUCCCUUUUUCUUCUUUCGGAAGUUAUAUCCAAACUGUCGAAGCAAGCUCAGCAGGGAGAAGAUAAAACGAAGAAGAAAGGAGAAAAAGACGUGUACAUACCUUGGCGUGACUCCAAGCUCACUCGGCUUCUUCAGAAAGCACUUGGAGGCAAUAGCCGCGCAGCAGUUUUAGUCGCUGUUCAUCCUUCGAGCCUGUACUUGGACACUUCCUUUUCAACCCUCCGCUUCGCAAUGAAGUGCAAGGAGAUCAAAAAGAAGGUUUGCGCAAACUUCUUUUCUCCAGAGCAGUCCCUUAUUGCUCAGCAAAAGAAGCUCAUUGCAAUGCUUCAUGCACAACUCAGAGAAAUAUCAGAGGGAGGAGUAACCCCUGGAAUUAGCUCACAAAGAAAUGCAGAAAACGAUGAACAAAUCCGAAUUCUGAAAAGUGACCUGGAAAACAAAGUCGCAAAGUUCCAGCAAUUUAUCAUAAAAGCGACGGCGAGUCCAACACAAGCGCCCUCCGGGGGUGAUUUGCAGCGGGCAAGAACUAUGCGGCAGCCGUCUACUUUUCGACGGAUGGAAACCCUUGCUGCUGCUCGUUAUGGACUUCGAGAUAUCGAUGGACUUAACCAAGCAGACUCUGAGGACCCCGCUGUGCGAACAUCCAUGACACAUGCCCUUAGCCUGUUGGAUCGUUUCGGGCAGGAUCUCAAGAACGAUACAUACGGCAGCCUCCAAUCCUUCUCCAGCGGAGACGCACCAGGCGGGGUCCUGAGGUUCGAGACCUUGGAACACUCAAUAGAAGGGGCUAUACACGAGCUCGAGUGCAUUGACGAUAAUCCACUUUCUGCAGAAGAAGAGUCCUUGAGCUGUGAAGAUUCAUCGGCCAGUGAGAGCUCUGAUCAUGAAGCACCUCAAGAAGCCCAGGCGGAAGGAGGUGGUCUGUUUGAGCCACCACCAGAUCAAGCUGCUGGCGAGCAAAAGCCAAAGCAAACUAAGUCUGCAGUUUCGACGGGUAAGCCUAAAAGCGUGAAGGUGAGAGUAGAGAAGAAACACAAAGCCAAGACGACGAGGGCUUCCAAAAAAGGAAAGGCAUCGGCACCGUCCAAACAACCCAGUGAAAUUCUGGCGUCGGAGCUACCUGCUGCCACACCAGCACCUGAAGAACAUUUGGAACAAGAGCGCGAAAACAAUGAGGCGCGGAAAAUCAAGGCAUUAGUCUUAAAACAAAGGGCAGAACGGGAGAACUGGGCUUCUAGGCUUCGGAAGGCCAAAGAAAUGGGCCUAGAAGUCAUCUCGAAGGUUCUUUUUCGGAUGCAAGAUGAGAAGGAAGCGCUGGUUAAAUGCAAGAAACGCACAGCAGAGCUGACUAGCCAGAUUCGUCACAUUUGCGCCCUAAUGCAUCGUCUGGGACUCUCAGUGCUCAGCACUGCUUCUGCCCCAGCAAAAGGACAAGAUAGUUUGUUGGCCCCUCGGGACCAAGAAAACGAGUCGCUGAAGGCAUUUCUUGACCGUGUGAGGGAGAAAAGAGAUGCAGAGCCACUGAAACUCUCUCUAAGCGUUGGAGACCCCGUGGGCCAAUCAGCUAAAGCUCGCGGGUUUCCAGAUAUCGACCAGAUCCGUCCCUUGGCCUGCGCUGCAAUAAGCAAUGCUUUAUCACGUGUUAUGAUGGCGGAGGUCUUAGAAAACAUGGAGGAAGACGGGGAUAAUGGCGCAACGGAGGGCAAGAUCAAUGGCGCGCUGCAGCCGCCCCUUAUGGCUCUGGCUGCUUCCGUUGUAUCUUCGGGGGCAUCUCCUACUCCAAAUGAAGAAGGAACUACUCCCAGAACACCACAGAAUGAAAACGAGGCCAUCAGUGCGUUGGAAUUAAUAUUUUCCAAAGCCGCCAAUGCUGACAAUAACAAGGGGACAGCGGACACUGAAACAGCCAAGAUGAUAGAAAGCAAGAAGGAGCAGACCGUUGAGUCCAUUUUGCAGAUUCUUCCUCCCUGGGAGCAGCACAUGUUGGCGCUGCUAUAUGAACAGCAAGAAAUGAGGAAGGCUCUCGGCCAGCUGAGGGACCACUUUGUGGAGCGUUUGAAGGAACUCCAAGUCUCUGUUAAGAAAGGAUUGUUGGAAAAGAUCGAACUUACCGAGCAUUGCGACAGAAUGCUGGCUGCCCUAUGGAGCUUCAAAGCGGAACUCACUGAUUCGAAGUCCAGGCAUCGUGUUGACGAAGAUACAAAUGCAAAGUUUGCAAAGUUAAUGGCCAAACUAGAAGAGCUCUCUAUUCGCCUCGCGGAACGGGAGAUUGAUUAUAAGCUGCUCUCAGAGGACUACGCGACUCUCAAAGAGGAGAAUGCAACUCUGCUAGAGACGACACGCAGACUGAAGGAGGAGAACUUAAGCCUGCUUAUGAUUCCAAGGACACUGGCGAACUGGGAAGAUUUUAAGGGAUACGAUGAUGUGGAGAAGCGGGGCUUGGCGAGAGACGUGCACAUGCUGCAGGGCUACGUAUCGCAUUUGCGCAUGUGCCUUGAGGAAGGCCGCGCUGUUGAGCUUGAUGUGCGCCGGCUCAACCAAGCGCUCUACAUGGAGCUCCUAGCUGCGAACACGACAAUAGCGGACCUGCAAGAUCAAAUAAAGUUCCACACGAGCGUGGACAGGCGAGAGGCGAAGAUGGUAGAGGAGCAACUGGCUGCAGCCAACCAAGCGGAGGCUGAGAAGAGUGACAGAAUUCGGGAGCUUGAAGAGCAAGUUUCAAAUCUGAAAGAGCAGCUGGCAGCAGCAGUUGCCAAGUCAGAGACAGAGGAUCGUGAAGCUGAGCCGCCCGUUGAAUCCAAGGACCAGACUGCUGACGCCGAGCAGCAGGCGCUGACCAAGCGUUCAGGCAAGAAGAAUACCGCUUCAGCGAAGGCCAAGACUAAAACAAAGGCUGCUACGAAAGGUCCAUCUGUGGUGGUGUCGCAACCUCCUGCCAGUUCACCCGCGAAGUCGAAGCAGGUGGGAAAGCGCAAUCCCACUGCAGCGCCUGCUGGUGUGGACCGCCUUUCGGUGAAGCGUUUACCCCGUGCGCCUUCAAGCGCGCCCUCAAGAGCAAGUCUUGCUUCUGCGAAGCCGGAGAAACCCAUUUCUGCAAGAGGCGGGGAGGGCUCAAGACUUGUGAGGGUAGUUGAACCGGAGGACCAUUCUAGCUCAGCAUUAUCUCCAAAGGUUAAUUCCUUGCAGCCGCCUGUUCUUGCCACAAAACAGGUUCUAACCAAUCCAUCAAUCGACAAGCCACCCACGGCCAUAGAGGCUAGCAGAACAUCGGUCGAAGCACUGACCACAGCAGCAGGAAGAGCUCCGGCUUUUACCGGUGACCCGCGCAAUAAGGGACUAACAAAUAUGGUUGCUGCUCUAAGUGGACGAAGGCGGAAAGGGUCUGCCGCACAAAUAUGA